AUGGGGCAAGGAAAAGGGAUGGGACUGCACUGCAACUUCUGCCUUGUCUAUCUGUUCUUGUGUAUCCUGUCAUGUAAGAUCAGCACAGGUCUUGUCUUGCCCUUCCAAUGGGAUGAGGAAUCAGAGGUGGUAUUUCCAACAGUCUGGGGCUCUCAGGAAUUGAGACAAGUACGAGAAGGAAGAAAGAAUGUUGUGGUGCUGGAAAUUCCUGAAUCUUAUAGAAACCACAGUACUGAGGAUCUGUCUUUACCAAAUAACCAAGCUGUCAGUUCGAGAGAGGUACGAUCUGUAUCCUCUUCAUCUGCUCCGACUUUCCUUCACCACCAAAUGGAUCAAGAAGAAGAGCAAUAUUAUGAACAUGAUUCUCAUGAGUUUUAUCAUUUUUCUCCGUUUCCCUGGUUUUCCGGAAAAAAUAAUAUAAAUACAUCUCCUCCAAGUACGUCAUCAUCGCUUUCAGAUGAUCCCCAGGACAAGCCCACUAGUUCCUCACAGCAAUCGGUGGAUAGUAGUGGAAAGAUGAAAAUAAAGAUCUCUGCCUUUGGGAGAGACUUCUAUUUACUACUGAAGAAGGAUAAUCGCUUUUUAUCUCCAGGAUUUGUGGUUGAGGAAAGAAGGAGGGAGAAGAGGGAGUCGCUAAAUACUGGAGAUACAGACAGGAACUGUUACUAUAGUGGUACUGUUCUCCGCUAUCAUGGCUCCUUUGCUUCCUUCAGCACUUGUGGUGGAUUGAUGGGCUUUAUACAAAUUAAUGAAGACUUCAUAUACAUUGAACCUGUAAAUCAGACACGCACUGCAGAUGGUCACGCCCAUCGGGUUUACAGAAGGAAAAGAGCUGCAGAAGGAAAGACAACAGAAAAUAGAACUGCAAAUUAUCAAUAUUGUGGAGUUACAGAAAAGAGAAAAACUAAAAACUACAAAGCCUCUGAGACUGGAAGGGGAAAGAGAUACUCAAUGAAACAAAGCCAGGAAUAUAACAUAGAGACAGUUGUGGUUGCUGACCCUGCCAUGGUUUCGUAUCAUGGAGCAGAAGCUACUAGAAAAUUUAUCCUCACCAUCCUAAACAUGGUGUACAACCUCUUUCAGCACAAAAGUCUAGGUGUACAAAUGAAUCUUCGGGUUACAAAACUAGUUCUUCUCCAUGAGACGCCGGCAGAUAUGUACAUAGGACACCAUGGAGAAAAGAUGUUGGAGAGCUUUUGUAAAUGGCAGCUUGAUGAAUUUGGAAAAAAGAAUGAUGUCCAUAUGGAGAUGUCUACAAGCUGGACAGAAGAAUAUUCAGCUGUAGAUGCUGCAGUUCUUAUAACAAGGACGGAUUUCUGCGUCCAUAAAGAUGAACCAUGUGAUACAGUUGGUAUUGCAUAUCUGAAUGGAAUGUGCAGUGAUAAAAGAAAAUGCAUCAUCGCAGAAGAUAAUGGGUUAAACCUUGCUUUUACUAUUGCUCAUGAGAUGGGUCAUAACAUGGGUAUCAAUCACGACAAUGACCACCCAUCCUGUGCAGACGGCCUUCACAUUAUGUCAGGAGAAUGGAUCAAGGGGCAGAAUCUUGGAGAUGUUUCAUGGUCCAGAUGUAGUCGAGAAGACCUUGAAAGAUUUCUAAGGUCAAAAGCCAGUAACUGUUUGCUGCAGACAAAUCCCCAAAGCAUCAGCUCUGUCAUUAUUCCUUCCAAGCUGCCAGGCAUGACAUAUACAGCAGAUGAACAAUGUCAAAUUCUCUUUGGACCCACGGCAUCCUUUUGUCAAGAAAUGCAGCAUGUCAUUUGUACAGGACUCUGGUGUAAGCUGGAGGGGGAAAGAGAGUGUAGAACAAGAAUGGAUCCUCCGAUGGAUGGAACAGAAUGCAGCACAGAAAAGUGGUGUAGAGUUGGGGAAUGCACCAGCAUGACUUCAUCCUCUGAACACCUAUCUGGAGAAUGGAGUUCUUGGAGCACAUGCAGCAGAACGUGUGGCACGGGAGUUCGAAGUAGACAACGUAAAUGUCUAAGCCAGAGCACUGAAGGACGUCAAUGCAAUGAUCCUAAACUCCAAUAUAAAAUAUGUGAUAACUCAAGAUGUCCUCCUGGAGUCCCUGAUUUUAGAGACUGGCAAUGUCAGACCUUCAGCUUCCGGUCCUCCUACCCUAACCAUAAACAUCGCUGGCAUGCUGUCAUUAAUGAAGAGAAACCAUGCACACUGUUCUGUUCUGCCCUUGGAAAAGAUCAGCCUGUCCUGGUGGCAGAGAAAACUUUGGAUGGAACCUCCUGUGGACAGAAUGGCCUGGAUAUGUGCUCUAAUGGAAGGUGCCAGAAAGUUGGCUGUGAUGGGAUAUUGGGCUCUUUAUCCAGGGAAGACCACUGUGGUGUAUGCAAUGGAAAUGGAAAAUCAUGCCGAGUUAUUAAAGGAGACUUCAAUCACACAAGAGGAGCAGGAUAUGUGGAGGCCCUGGUGAUACCAGCUGGUGCAAGGAGAAUUAAAGUAGUGGAGGAGACACCAGCUCAUAGUUAUCUAGCUUUGAGGGAUACUGGCAAACAGUCUAUUAAUGAUGAUUGGAAGAUUGAAGAGCCUGGAACUUUCCACAUGGCUGGUACAACCGUUAACUACAUAAGAAGAGGACUCUGGGAGAAGAUUUCUGCAAAAGGUCCUACCACAUCUCCUCUUCAUCUUCUGGUGCUGCUAUUUCAUGACCAAAAUUACGGUCUCCAUUAUGAAUACACAAUACCGCUGAAUCCAGUUCCGGAGAACCGCAGCACAAAAGGGAAUGAGCCUUUAUACAUGUGGACGCAUUCAGGGUGGGAGGAUUGUGAUGCUGUGUGUGGAGGAGGGGAAAGAAAAACAACCGUGUCUUGUACAAAAAUUAUGAACAAAAAUAUAACUAUCGUGGACAACGCCUACUGUAAAGACAUGACGAAGCCAGAACCCCAAAUUAGAAAGUGCAAUGAACAGCCUUGUCAAACAAGAUGGAUGAUGACAGAAUGGAGUCCGUGUUCAAAGACCUGCGGUAAAGGAAUUCAGAGUCGGCAGACUGCAUGCACACAGCAGCUCAGAAAUGGAACUCUGAUCACAGCUCGGGAAAAAGACUGCCCUGGAUAUAAGCCUGCAUCAACCCAGCGCUGUGAGGGCCAGGACUGUAUGACAGUGUGGGAGGCCGGAGUGUGGUCUGAGUGCUCCUUGAAGUGUGGCAAGGGUGUCCGACAUCGGACUGUGCGAUGCACAAACCCCCGAAGGAAAUGCUUAAUAUCUACAAGACCAAAAGAAAUGGAAGACUGUGAAGAUUAUUCCAAGUGUUAUAUAUGGAGAACAGGAGAUUGGUCUAAGAAUGUCAACAGUUCUGGGUCCAUGUCUCUUGGGGGUGGUGGUGGAAGAGGAGAAGAGAGCGCAGAUUGUGAGAAGUGCUAUGUGAUCCUGUGUACACCUGAG